AUGCUAUCGACGGAGAAGGAUAUUGUAAAUACCUGUCCGUCUAUAUUCUACAAUGCAUUUUCAAAUCCGGUUUUUAUCGAACGACUUUUAAUUGUUACUUAUGCAAUUAUUUUUCUUAUUGGCAUUGUGGGAAACAUCAUGACAACUAUUAUCAUUAAAUAUAAUACUCAUUUGCGGACGCCUACAAAUUUGUAUCUACUCAAUUUGGCUGUCUCCGACCUCAUGAUGCUAAUAUGUAAUUUACCGUUAGAAAUGAUCGAAAUUCACUACCGUGAAUGGCCAUUAUCGAUUUUGUUCUGCCGAUUGAGAAAUAUAUGUGUUGAGUUUUUUACAAGUUCAUCAAUUUUAACUAUUUUAGCAUUUUCAUGUGAACGUUAUUUUGCUAUUGUCCAUCCGAUGCAUUUUCAUCGAUUAAAUCGUUUUCAUCGUGCAAAAAAUAUAAUUAUUAUUAUCUGGUGUUUGUCGCUUCUAGUUAGUGUUCCCAUAGGAUUUUCAUAUGAGAUCGAUACAAACUUAAUUAUGAUUUCACCACCGUCAACAACUACCGUACCUAAAACGAGAGAUUAUUCAAGAAAUUUAAAAUUAAAUGAAACUCCUUCAUCAUCAAAUAUCUAUUGUAAAUCAUGUGUACCGAAGAAAAAGUUCGUAAAAUUAUUAUCAAUCAUUAUGAUAACAACAUCGAUAUUUUGUUUUUAUCUUCCAAUGAUAAUUAUCGGAAUUAUCUAUAUAGUCAUAAUCAAAGCGUUACAUCAUGUGAAUAAAUAUGAAAAACGUUCAAAUCCAAAUGAGCUAAGUUCAUCACACAUAGCAUCUGAUGAAAUUCAAGGGAAAAAACACACAACUAAUAGUACAACUUGCCAUUCAAGUACGACACAUAAAGAAAGUAAUACAAUCGAGAUGCAACAUAAAAGUUCACAUGUCGGUUCUUAUUCAUGGUUAAAAAAUCGUGCACGUUAUCAAGCACGAAAAGUUGUUGUUAAAACAUUAGUGGCCGUUGUGAUUGCUUUUUUUAUUUGUUAUGCUCCCCUUUAUUUACAACGCGUAUUAUCAGCUGUAAUGAGUUUAAAUUCAAAUUUGGAUUCGGAUUCUGACAUAUUUUCAAAUAUAAUGGCUUAUCUCUAUGUUAUAUCGGGUAUAACAUUUUAUUUUGGUUCAAUUAUUAAUCCAAUACUCUAUAAUCUUGUUUCGAAUAAAUAUCAACGAGCAUUUCGAGACCUAUGUUGCUGUCGUUUCACAUUUAAGACAAGAGCAAAUGUCAAAGUUCAACGAAAAUUUUUUCAAACACAACAUCAAAAAAUUAAUUCAUUUGAACAAAAAUUACCGCAAGAUCCACUCGAGAAUUCCACUUUAAAAAAACGUUGUUUAUAUCGUAAUCAUAAUAAUAAUAAUAAUCAGACUAGACAAUUGCCUUUGAGCACACAUCAGAAAUUAUCAGAUAUUCAGUUGAUUCCAGUGAAUUCACCGUCGAUUCAUUCGUGCCAACAAGAAUCUCAGCAAGUAGAGUUUCUUCGUUCUAAUACACCAUUAUCGAAAACAAAUGUCAAGUACACAGUACUACGAAACUUUCCGUGGAGAGAAAAUCCUUUGGCUAAAAACAGUCUGCUGACACAAUUCCAUAGUUGA